AUGGAAGUGACCUCGGCCACCGCCCCGAGCCUCGGCGCCGCCAGCAGCAACGGCGCCUCGCUGCCCGCGCCGCCGUCGCCCACACCGACGCCGACGCCCUUCCCGACCAUCGACCCCGAACGCGUCGUCGAGCACCUCGUCGCCAUCUGCGAGGUCGCCCUCGGCGCAUCGCGCAGCGACCUCGAGCUGCCGGGCAACCUGCUGCACAAGGCCUCGUACGCAGAGACCGUCUCGCGGUGCACGCGCUUCGCCAACGACUCCCUCAAUGUGCUCUACAUACAAAAGGACCUGGUGCAGGCCGGCGCGCUGGAGAAUGGCAACGACGCCGCCGAUGCGGGCGAGCAUAGCAAUGGCGUUGCUGCUCCCGCUACCUACGACUACACCCUCUCGACCGAAAUCUCCUCUUCACCCACGACUGUCGCCACUCUGAUUUUGCUCAAGGCAUCGCAAGCGAUUGAUUCUUCUCGUCCUCUUACCUCGCAGAUAUUCAUCACCAACCUACCCGGUCCCGCCUCCCUCAAUGCCGCCGCCGGAGAGCAGGGCGUUGCGCUCUCCCCCUGGGAGGUGCUCCAUUCCCAGGUCCACCACGCCCUGGUGCCCUACUUCGACGCCAACAGCAAGAGUCAGCUGCUGGCCAAUGGGUCCAGGGGAAGGGACGUCGAUGCCAAGACGGGCAUUCCCGUCACCAAGAAGCGCCUCAACGACCUGGAGCUGAGCCUGCUCCACCUGCAGCAGAACGUCGACAUUCCCGAGAUCUCGCUGACGUUCCACUCGCUCAUUCAGAACGUCCUCGACGAUGCCGAGGUCACCGGUACGAAGCCCUCCAUUGAGGCCAUCCCCAAGAACCUCCUCCAGGACAGCAGCUUCCUCAACAAGCUGCAGGCCAACGUCAACACCUGGAUCAAGUCCAUCCAGGGCAUCACCAAGCUGACCAAGGAGACCUCGUCCAACGCCGUCCAGGAGUUCAGCACCGCCAGCCAAGAGGUCAACUUUUGGCUCUCCAUGGAGUCUGCGCUCGAGGGCAUCGAGGACCAGCUUAGGAGCGAGGGCGUCCUCCUCACCCUCGAUAUUCUCAAGCACGCCAAGCGUUUCCAGGCCACCGUCAGCUUCGUCGCCGACACGGGCCUCAAGGAGGCCAAGGAAAAGGCGCAAAAGUAUAACCAGCUCAUGCGCGAUUUCCCCCUCGACGAGCUGCUGUCCGCUCCGUCGCUGCUCAAGGUCGAGGAAGCCAUUACUCAGAUCUUUGCCCACCUCAUGAAGAAGCUGAGGGUGUGUCCCUACCCUAUCCGGCGAGCACUGAGCUUGGCCCAGGCCAUCUCGGCGGAUCUCAACGACGUGCUGCUCCGCUUGCUUCCGGGCACUGAGCUGGUCAACAUGGGCUACCCAGAGUUCCAGAACGUCAUGCGGACCUGCGACAGCAUCUUUGCCGCCUGGGAAGACAACAUCAAGGAGUUUACGCACCUGGCUCGUAUGCUCAUCAUCCGCAGAAACGAGAAGCGCAUCCCCAUCAACGUCGAGAAGAACCACUCUGAGCUGGAGUCGCGCAUCAAGUACGUCAGCGCAUUCCGAGACAACCACGAACAGCUACAGCGGACCAUUGUCAACGUCCUGGGGCCAAAGGCCAUUCUUCCCGGCGUUACCGACGUCACCGCCUCCUCCUCCUCCACUGCCACUGCCGGUGCUGUCAUUGAAGAAAUGGGCGACGUAGAUGCCGUCGAGGAGGUCAAGCGGGCCUGGGAGGCGCUGCAGAACGUCGACCUGCUCGAUGUGACGGACCAGGGCAAGGAGCGGUGGGCGCAGGCCGAAAACCUGUACAAUGAGCGCUCGACGCGAGUCGAAAACUCCAUCAUUGCGAGACUGCGAGACCGCCUCGCCACGGCCAAGACGGCCAACGAAAUGUUUCGCGUCUUUUCCAAGUUCAAUGCCCUGUUUGUGCGCCCCAAGAUUCGCGGUGCCAUUCAGGAGUAUCAGAACCAGCUCAUGGACCAUGUCAAGCAGGCCAUCAACGGCCUGCACGAGAGGUUCAAGCAGCAGUAUGGCCAUUCCGAGGCCCAUGCCAUGGCUCAGCUACGCGAUCUACCCCCUGUCUCGGGUGCCAUCAUCUGGGCCCGCCAGAUUGAGCUUCAGCUGGACGGGUACAUGAAAAAGGUUGAGGCCGUGCUUGGGCCCGACUGGACUCUGCAUGCCGAGGGUCACAAGCUUCAGGAAGAGAGCGAGCUGUUCAAGAACAAACUGGACACGGGCAGGAUCUACGAUGCCUGGCUGGCCGAUGCCAACCGGCGAAAAAUCUCCAUCGCCGGCCAGCUCUUCAACAUCAACAGGGUCAGGUCUGCAGGUGGCAUCCUCGAGCUCAACGUCAAUUUUGAUCCUCAGAUCAUCACCUUGUUCAAAGAAACCAGAAACUUGACCUGGCAGUCUUAUCUUGUUCCCCACGCCGUCACCACCGUGUCCAAGGAUGCAAAGCGAGUCUACCCUUAUGCUGUCAGCCUGAUGGAGGGUGUGCGAACCCUAUCCCAGACUCUGCGCCAGAUUGGUACCAUGGGCGAGGAAUCGAUCCUCCUCAAUGGGUACAAGAACGAGGUCUACAAGCUCAUCAGCGAUGGUAUCCCGCUGCGGUGGGAGUCCUUUGUCAACUCGCACGAGCUCUUCUACGCCGAUCAGAGGCAGAUCCGCCCCCUGCUUCCCGGAAGCACCGGCUUUGGGCCUGCCAAGAACACGGAGAGCAAGCAUGGCAUGUUCAUCUGGGGCUUUUCCGCGGCUGUUUCCGUGCUUCAGUCCAAGACGGCUACGCUCAACUCCAUCUACGCUACUAUUGAGCAGGCUCUGAAGGACCUCGGCGCUUGCCCUUACGAUGCUGCCGCAUUCCAGUCCCAUCUCGAUACCAUCCAGGCUGCUGUCGAUCAGCUCAACCUCGAGCAGUAUGCCAACCUCGAUUUUUGGGUCCGCGGCGUGAACCACAAGGUCCAGACCAUCCUGCUGGAGCGCCUCUCCACGGCUGUUCAGGCUUGGAUUGCCGCCUUUGAGCAGGAUGUCGCCGAGGAGGACCGGCGGAAGCUGUCCAAGGACGACGAUGGAAAGCAGGAUGGACCGACCAUGAAGCGCCUCGUCCUCGAGAUUACCAUGCGCAACCAGGUCAUCUAUCUCGAUCCGCCGCUGGAGUACGCCAGGGCAAGCUGGUUCCUCCACCUCCACGACUGGCUGGGCAUUGUCUGCAACCUGCGCAAGAUCAAGGCCACGCGAUACCAGAUGAGCCUCAACACCGAUGCCCAGGAAGAAGCCCGCUUUACCGAUCUGCCGUCUCACUGUGCGGAUAUGCUCCACCGCGUGUACCUGUCUGUCGAGAAGAAGCUCAGGGAAGUCAGCAUUUACGUCGACAAAUGGCUGCAGUUCCAGUCCCUGUGGGACCUUCAGUCCGACCAGGUCUACGACAUGCUCGGCGACCAUCUUCCUCGGUGGCUCGAGUGUCUUCAGGACAUCCGCAAGGUCCGCACGACCUUUGACACCCAAGAAGUCAGCCGCUCCUUUGGUCACAUCACCAUCGACUACGACCAGGUCCAGACCAAGGUGAAUGCCAAGUACGACCAGUGGCAGCAGGAAAUCCUCAUCAAGUUUGCCAACCGGCUGGGCAACCGAAUGCGCGACAUCAACGCCGACAUUGAAAAGGCGAGGAGGAACCUCGAGGGCCAGAGCUCGGACACGUCGUCCACCGCCGCGGCCGUCCAGUUCAUCACGGCGGUGCAGAGCUGCCGGCGCAACGCCAAGCUGUGGGCGCCCGAGAUUGACAUGUUCCGCCAGGGACAGUCGACCCUGGUGAGGCAGCGGUACCCGUUCCCCAACGACUGGCUGCACAUUGAGCAGAUUGAGAGCCAGUGGGAAGCUCUCAAGGAGAUUCUGGAAAAGAAGUCCAAGAUCAUGGAGGAGCAGUCUGACGCCAUGCGGGCAAACAUUAUCGCCCAGGACAAGCUGAUCAAUGAGCGCAUCGGCGAGGUUGUGGCCCAGUGGAACGAGGAGAAGCCCGUGUCGGGGACGAUCCAGCCCGAUGUUGCCUCUGCCACUCUGACGACCUUUGAGACGCGCAUCACGGCUCUGCAGGAGGAGUUCCAGCAGGUCAUGAAGGCUCGCGAAGCCCUUGAUAUCCCCGGCAACAACGACAGCAUCUUGGAGGUUACGCUGGAGGAAGUCCGCGAUUUCCGCUCUGUUUGGUCCAACCUGUCCACCAUCUGGACAAGUCUCAACGAAACGCGCGACAUGCUGUGGACCGCCGUCCAGCCGAGGAAGAUUCGCCAAAAGGUGGACGACUUGAUCAAGAGCACAAAGGAUAUGCCGAGUAGAAUGAGGCAGUAUGCUGCUUUUGAACACGUUCAGGGAGUGCUGCGAGGUUUCCUCAAGGUCAACAACAUCCUGUCCGACCUCAAGUCUGACGCCAUUCGCGAACGGCACUGGCACAAGAUUUACAAGCAGAUCAAGCCCCAGAAGCGCUUCUCGCCCAGCUCCAUGACGCUUGGCGACGUCUGGGAUCUCAAUCUCACCGCGACCGAAGUCAUUGUCAAGGACAUUAUCGCCCAGGCCCAGGGCGAGAUGGCGCUUGAGGAGUUCUUGAAGCAGGUUCGCGAAACGUGGCAGAACUACGCCCUCGAGAUGGUCAACUACCAGAACAAAUGCAGGCUCAUUCGUGGCUGGGACGACCUCUUCGCCAAGUGCAGCGAGAACCUGAACUCGCUCCAAGCCAUGAAGCACUCGCCUUACUACAAGGAGUUUGAAGAGGAUGCGGUGGCCUGGGAGGACAAGCUGAACCGCGUCCACGUGCUCUUUGACGUCUGGAUCGAUGUGCAGCGCCAGUGGGUGUACCUGGAGGGCGUCUUUACCGGAAACGCGGACAUCAAGCAUCUUUUGCCCAUAGAGUCUGGUCGUUUCCAGAACAUCAACAGUGAGUUCUUGGCUGUGAUGAAAAAGGCCAAUAAGACGCCCUACGUCCUCGACGUGCUGAACAUUCCCAACGCUCAAAAGUCCCUGGAGCGUCUGGCGGAAAUGCUGAACAAGAUCCAAAAGGCCCUGGGUGAAUACCUGGAGAAGGAGCGCGUUUCUUUCCCUCGAUUCUACUUUGUUGGUGACGAAGACUUGCUGGAGAUGAUUGGCAACAGCAACGAUACCUUGCGCAUCGCCAAACACUUCAAGAAGAUGUUUGCGGGCUUGGCUGGCCUCAUUAUGGAUGACGAGGGAGUCAUCUCUGGCUUUACUUCCAAGGAGGGCGAGGCCGUGACGCUGAACAAGGAGAUUUCGCUGGCCAAGACGCCCAGAAUCAACGACUGGCUUGCGCUGCUGGAGAACGGCAUGAAGCAGACGCUUGCGGAGCUUUUGGCCAAGGCCGUGGACGAAUACACUCCGAUUUUCGAGUCUGACAAUAUUGACCGGGAAGCGCUCGUUGCCUUUAUGGAUGCUUUCCCCAGCCAGAUUGUCGUUCUCGCCACACAGGCCGCCUGGACGACCGCCGUGGAUUCGUCACUUGCGGCUGGCGGACAGACGCUCAAGGCUCUCUUUGAUCGGGAGGUGCAGGUGCUUCGCGUCCUUGCGGAGACUGUACUGGGAGACCUUGAGGUUAUUCAGCGCAAGAAGUGCGAGCAGCUGAUCACCGAGUGUGUCCACCAGCGCGACGUGAUUGAGAAGCUGGUCGACGUCAAGGCUGAUUCGGCCGACCACUACCUCUGGCAGCUUCAGAUGCGCUACGUCUACACCCCUGAGGGUAACUUCCUCAAUCGCCUGUACAUCAAGAUGGCCAAUGCCAAGCUCAACUACGGCUUCGAGUACCUCGGCGUGCCCGAUCGUCUCGUUCGGACGCCCCUUACCGACCGCUGUUUCCUCACGCUCACCCAAGCCCUCUGCCAGCGACUCGGAGGCUCGCCCUACGGCCCCGCCGGCACGGGCAAGACGGAGUCUGUCAAGGCCCUGGGUGUCCAGCUCGGACGGUUUACGCUCGUCUUCUGCUGCGACGACACUUUCGACUUCCAGGCCAUGGGACGUAUCUUCUUGGGUAUCUGCCAGGUGGGUGCGUGGGGCUGCUUCGACGAGUUUAACCGUCUCGAAGAGAGGAUCCUGUCUGCCGUUUCGCAGCAGAUUCAGAACAUCCAGCUCGGCCUGAAGCAGGGCGCCGAGAACGACAAGUCGCAGAUUGAGCUGGUUGGCCGGCAGCUGCGCGUCAACGAGAACACGGGCAUCUUCAUCACCAUGAACCCCGGCUAUGCGGGCCGUUCCAACCUGCCCGACAAUCUGAAGAAGCUGUUCCGCAGCGUGGCCAUGUCCAAGCCCGACAAGGAGCUCAUUGCCGAAGUCAUGCUGUACUCGCAGGGCUUCAGCCAGGCCAAGCGACUCUCCAAGCAGACGGUGCCCUUCUUUGACAAGUGUUCCAAGGAGCUGUCCAAGCAGGCCCAUUACGACUUUGGUCUCCGUGCGCUCAAGAGUGUCCUGGUGAGCUCUGGCGGUCUCAAGCGCUCUCGCUUGGUAGACGGCGGCGACCUUGGCGCCGAGGAGAUUGUUGAGCCCGAGAUUCUCGUGCAGAGCAUCCGCGAGACGAUUGCACCCAAGCUUAUCAAGUCGGACGUCGACAUUAUGAUCAACAUCGAGGAGGACUGCUUCCCCGGCGUCCAAUAUGUGCCCGCCAAUCUGCACGCUCUUGAGGAGGCCAUUCGCACGCUCGCUGCCGAGCGCCACCUCGUGGUCACGGAUCUGUGGAUGACCAAGGUUCUUCAGCUCUACCAGAUUCAAAAGAUCCACCACGGUGUCAUGAUGGUGGGCAACUCUGGCACGGGCAAGUCUGCCGCCUGGAGGCUCCUGCUUGAUGCACUGCAAAAGGUGGAAAACGUCGAGGGCGUUUCCCACGUCAUUGACUCCAAGGUCAUGUCCAAGGAGGCCCUGUACGGUAACCUGGACUCUACCACUCGCGAGUGGACAGAUGGUCUGUUCACCAGCAUUCUGCGCAAGAUUGUGGACAAUCUUCGUGGAGAAGACUCCAAGAGGCACUGGAUCGUCUUUGACGGCGAUGUCGAUCCCGAGUGGGUUGAAAACUUGAACAGCGUGCUUGACGACAACAAGCUGCUUACCCUGCCCAAUGGAGAGCGUCUCAACUUGCCGGCCAAUGUCCGCAUCAUGUUUGAAGUCGAGACAUUGAAGUAUGCGACACUCGCUACUGUUAGUCGAUGUGGUAUGGUCUGGUUCAGCGAGGACACCGUCACGCCCAACAUGAUGGUCACCAACUACAUCGAGACGCUUCGCAGCGUUCCCUUUGAGGACCUGGACGAGGAUAGCGUUGCCACAGGCCAAAGCCCUGCCAAGACGCUGGCCGUGCAGGCCCAGGUGGCUGAUCUGCUCAAUGGCUACCUGACGGAGGAAGACUUUGUCAACCAGGCUUUGGAGCGUGCUCUGCAGUAUAACCACAUCAUGGAGUUUACGGUUGCGCGAGUGCUCAACACUCUGUUCUCUCUGUUGAACAAGGCUGUGCGCGACAUUAUCGAGUACAAUGGACAGCACGCCGACUUCCCUCUCGAGUACGACCAGAUUGAAGGCUUCGUGGCCAAGAAGCUGCUGCUUGCGCUGGUCUGGGCGCUCACUGGAGACUGUCCGCUUGGAGAUCGAAAGCUGUUUGGCGACGACAUUUGCGCCUUUGCCAACUUUGGCUCGCCGCCUCUGGAUGGCACCAGCUCGCUCAUUGACUUUGACGUGCUGCUGCCGCAGGCGGAGUGGACGCCAUGGCAGAACCAGGUGCCCAGCAUCGAGGUCAACACCCACUCCAUCAUCCAGACCGACGUUGUCAUCCCGACCCUGGAUACUGUGCGCCACGAGGAUGUGCUUUACUCAUGGCUGGCCGAGCACAAGCCGCUCCUGCUCUGCGGUCCUCCUGGUUCGGGUAAGACGAUGACGCUCUUCAGCGCUCUUCGCAAGCUGCCCAACAUGGAGGUGGUCGGCCUCAACUUCUCGAGCGCGACGACGCCCGAUCUGCUCAUCAAGACGUUUGAGCAGUACUGCGAGUACAAGAAGACGCUCAACGGCGUCAUGCUCUCUCCCACGCAGAUUGGCCGCUGGCUGGUCAUCUUCUGCGACGAAAUCAAUCUCCCGGCGCCCGACAAGUACGGUACUCAACGCGCCAUUUCCUUCCUGCGCCAGCUUGUCGAGCACAACGGCUUCUGGCGGACCUCUGACAAGUCGUGGGUCACGCUCGACCGCAUCCAGUUUGUCGGUGCUUGUAACCCGCCUACGGACGCCGGACGUACGCCCAUGGGCGCUCGGUUCCUUCGUCACGCUCCGCUUGUCAUGGUCGACUACCCCGGCGAGCUGUCGCUGAACCAGAUUUACGGCACCUUCAAUGCGGCGGUGCUCAAGAUUAUCCCCUCGCUGCGUGGAUAUGCUGAGCCGCUCACGCAUGCCAUGGUGCGCUUCUACCUCGAGUCUCAGCAGAGGUUCACGCCCAAGAUUCAGCCUCACUACGUGUACAGUCCUCGUGAGCUUACCCGCUGGGUUCGUGGUGUGUAUGAAGCGAUCAAGCCCCUGGAGUCGCUGUCUCUGGAAGGCCUCAUCCGCAUCUGGGCGCACGAGGCCCUGCGACUCUUCCAGGAUCGUCUUGUGAAUGAAGAGGAGCGCAAGUGGACCGAAGAGUCGGUUCGUCGCAUCGCCAUUGAGCAUUUCCCCACCAUGGACGAGGAAAAGGCUCUCGGCGGCCCGAUCCUCUUCUCCAACUGGCUGUCCAAGAACUACGUCCCCGUCGACCGGGAGCAGCUGCGAGACUUUGUGUCUGCCCGCCUCAAGACGUUCUGCGAGGAGGAGGUCGACGUUCCGCUGAUCCUCUUCAACGACGUCCUGGAGCACGUGCUGCGCAUCGACCGUGUCUUCCGGCAGCCCCAGGGUCACUUGAUCCUCAUUGGUGUGAGCGGCGGAGGCAAGACGACGCUCUCGCGCUUCGUGGCCUGGAUGAACGGCCUCAAGGUGUUCCAGAUCAAGGUCCACGGCAAGUACUCUGCGGAAGACUUUGACGAGGACUUGCGGGAUGUGCUGCGGCGAUGCGGCUGCAAGGGCGAGAAGAUUUGCUUCAUCAUGGACGAGGCCAACGUGCUGGACUCUGGUUUCCUGGAGCGCAUGAACACGCUGCUUGCCAACGCCGAGGUGCCCGGCCUGUUCGAGGGCGACGACCACGUUGCCCUGAUGACGGCCUGCAAAGAGGGUGCCCAGCGACAGAACCUGCACCUCGACUCCCCCGAGGAGCUGUACAAGUGGUUCACCCAGCAGAUUGUCAACAACCUGCACGUCGUCUUCACCAUGAACCCGCCCGAGGGCGGCCUGGGUUCCAAGGCCGCCACCAGUCCGGCCUUGUUCAACAGAUGUGUGCUGAACUGGUUCGGAGAUUGGUCGGACCAGGCGCUGUUCCAGGUCGGGCACGAGCUCACGCACUCCAUCGACCUAGACAAGAGCAACUUCAGCGCUCCCGACACGAUCCCGGUGGCUUACCGCGGCUUGCAGCUGCCACCGUCGCACCGCGAGGCGGUCGUCAACUCGAUGGUGUACAUUCACUAUUCGCUGCAGCGGUACAACAAGAAGCUGCUGAAGCAGCAAGGCAAGGUCACGUUCCUGACGCCCCGCCACUUCCUGGACUUUGUUACCCAGUAUGUCAAGCUGUACAAUGAGAAGCGCGAGGAUCUCGAGGAGCAGCAGCGCCACUUGAACGUCGGUCUCGAGAAGCUGAGGGACACCGUCGACAAGGUCCGCGACCUGCGGGCCAGUCUCGCGGAGAAGAAGGCGCAGCUCGAGCAGAAGGACGCCGAAGCCAACGAGAAGCUGCAGCGCAUGGUUGCGGACCAGCGCGAGGCGGAGCAGAGGAAGAACACUUCGCUGGAGAUCCAGGCGGCGCUCGAGAAGCAGGAGGCGGAGGUGGCGAUGCGCAAGAAGGUCGUGCUGGAGGACCUGGCCAAGGCGGAGCCGGCCGUCGAGGAGGCCAAGGCGAGCGUCAGCAACAUCAAGCGUCAGCACCUGGUCGAGGUGCGAGGCAUGUCCAACCCCCCGCAGAGCGUCAGGCUCGCGCUGGAUGCCGUCUGCACGCUGCUCGGGCACAAGAUCAACGACUGGAAGGCCGUCCAGGCUGUGGUUCGCAGGGAAGACUUCAUCGCCAGCAUCAUCAUGUUUGACAAUGCCAAGAUGAUGACCAAGGGCUUGCGGAACAAGAUGCGCAACGAGUUCCUGUCGAACCCCGAGUUCACGUUUGAAAAGGUGAACCACGCUUCCCGGGCCUGCGGUCCCCUCGUCCAGUGGGUCAUUGCCCAGGUCAGCUAUUCGGACAUCCUGGACCGCGUCGGGCCGCUCAGGGAAGAGGUCGCGCAGCUCGAGGAGCAGGCGCUCGAGACCAAGGCCAGCGCGAUGGCGGUGGAGAAGAACAUUGCGGAGCUCGAGUCGAGCAUCAACACGUACAAGACGGAGUACGCCACGCUCAUCAGCGAGACCCAGGCCAUCAAGGCGGAAAUGUCCAAGGUGCAGUUCAAGGUCGACCGAAGCGUCAGGCUGCUCGACAGCCUGUCGUCCGAGAGGGCCCGCUGGGAGGAAGGAAGCAAGUCGUUUGAGACGCAGAUCAGCACGCUGGUCGGUGACGUCCUCGUCGCUUCGGCCUUUUUGGCUUACGCCGGCCUGUACGACCAGACGUUCCGCAAGAACAUGGUGGACGACUGGUAUCACCAGCUGGACCUGUCCGGCAUCCAGUUCAAGUCGCCCAACCCGGUGACGGAGUACCUGUCCAGCGCGGACGAGCGCCUGGGAUGGCAGGAGAACACGCUGCCGGUGGACGACUUGUGCACGGAGAACGCCAUCAUCCUGAAGCGCUUCAACCGGUAUCCCCUCAUCAUCGACCCGUCCGGAAGGGUCACGGAGUUCUUGCAGAGGGAGUGCAAGGAUCGUCGCCUGACGGUGACGAGCUUCUUGGACGACACCUUUACGAAGCAGCUCGAGAGCUCCUUGCGAUUCGGCAACCCGAUCCUGAUCCAAGAUGCGGAGCACCUGGACCCCAUCCUCAACCACGUCCUGAACAAGGAGUACCAGCGGACGGGCGGCCGUGUCCUCAUCCAGCUCGGCAAGCAGGACAUUGACUUUUCGCCGUCGUUCAAGCUCUACCUCUCGACGAGGGAUCCGUCGGCCACGUUUGCGCCGGACAUUUGCAGCCGGACCACCUUUGUCAACUUCACCGUCACGCAGAGCAGUCUCCAGACGCAGUCGCUCAACGACGUGCUCAAGUCGGAGCGGCCCGACGUGGACGAGCGGCGGUCCAACCUCAUCAAGCUGCAGGGCGAGUUCAAGGUGCACCUGCGCCAGCUGGAGAAGCAGCUGCUGCAGGCGCUCAACGAGUCGCGCGGCAACAUCCUGGACGACGACAAGGUCAUCGAGACGCUCGAGACGCUCAAGACGGAGGCGGCGGACAUCUCGGACAAGAUGCGCAACACGGAGGGCGUCAUGGCGGAGGUGGAGGAGAUUACGCAGCAGUACAGCAUCAUUGCCAAGUCGUGCAGCGCCGUGUUUGCCGUGCUGGAGCAGCUGCACUACAUCAACCACUUUUACCAGUUCUCGCUGCAGUACUUUUUGGACAUUUUCCAGUCGGUGCUGAGGGGCAACAAGAACCUGGUCAAGGAGACGAACCACAACGUUCGGCGCGACAUUAUCGUCAAGGACCUGUUUGUGAACACGUUCAAGCGGACGGCGCUUGGGCUGCUGCAAAAGGACCGCAUCACCCUGGCCAUGCUGCUCGCGCAGGCGUCGCCGUACAAGAUGGACAAGUCGAUGAUUGACGUGAUCCUGGACGACCGGAUCGCCGGCGUGGACCUGUCCUCCAACCCGGACGCCAAGGAGGCGGCCUUCCAGGAUGCCCGAAAGCUCAGCGUGCUCCGGGAGAAGCUGGACGCCGUCCCGAGCGGCGACUGGGACAGGUUCCUCAGCGAGGAGCUGGCCGAGGCCGUGGUGCCCAAGGUCUGGGACGACGGCACCUCGGAGACGGACCAGGCCCUGUACUCGCUCUUGCUGGUGAAGCUCUUCCGCAUGGACCGCUUCGUGCCCGCGGCGGAGCGCUUUGCGGCUCUCGUGUUUGGCGCCGACAUUUUCGACAUUGUGGAGGACCUCAAGGAGAUUGUGACGCAGGUGUCGGCCACGCUGCCCAUUGCGCUCGUUUCGAGCCCGGGCUUCGACGCCAGUUACAAGGUGGACAGCCUCGUGCAGAGGAUGGGCGUGCGGUGCACCAACAUUGCCAUGGGCUCGAACGAGGGCCUGGCCAGCGCCGACAAGGCCGUCAGCAGCGCCGCCGAGACGGGCUCGUGGGUGCUCAUCAAGAACGUCCACCUGGCGCCGACGUGGCUGCAGAGCCUGGAGAAGCGCAUGGAGUCGCUCAACCCGCACAGCGACUUCCGGCUGUUCUUGUCGAUGGAGUCGAGCCCCAAGAUCCCCGUGAACCUGCUGCGCGCGUCGCGCGUGCUCAUGUACGAGCAGCCGGCGGGCGUGCGAGCCAACAUGAAGGACUCGAUGUCUUCGCUGUCGACGCGGGCGGUCAAGAGCCCCGUGGAGAGGACGAGGCUGUACCUCUUGAUUUCGUUUUUGCACGCCGUUGUGCAGGAGAGGUUGCGGUAUGCGCCGAACCUUGGCUGGAAGGGCUUCUGGGAGUUUAACGAUAGCGACUACGAAUGCUGUGCGUUCAUUGUUGACGUCUGGAUCGAGAGCGUGGCCGGCAACCGCACCAACAUUGCGCCGCAGAACAUCCCCUGGGACAUGAUACGGUACCUGGUGACGGAGACGUAUGGCGGCAAGAUUGACGACGAGGGCGACUUUAGCCUGCUGCGGCAGCUGGUGACGUCUUUCCUGACGCCGGCCGCGUACGAUGCCGACCACAAGCUGGUGGACGGGCCGGACGGCGGGCUGCUGGUGCCGUCGGGCACGGGGCUGCAGGACUUUAUGGCGUGGGUGCACAAGCUGCCGGAGCGCGAGCCGCCGACGUACCUGGGCCUGCCGGCGAACGCGGAGAAGCUGUUGCUUGUGGGACUGGGGCGAAGCCUGGUUGAGAAUCUGAAGAAGGUUACGGGGCUGUUGGAUGAGAAUGAGAGGCUGGUUACCGACUCUUGA